GUGGACUGCAGUGUAAAUGUGGAGGCAGCCGAUAAAUAUCCUUGCCUACAGCUGGAGGUGGAGAGACAGUGUCAGCUGCAGCAGGUUGUGUGUUCCGCGGGUCCUGCACACAGGGCUUGACUGGAAGACACUCGGGGAUCCCGUGCAGAUUCGCACACGAGGAUGGCUUGUGAAAUCAUGCCGCUGCGAAGCUCACAAGAAGAUGAAAGACCUUUAUCGCCUUUUUAUCUGAGUGCUCAUGUAUCCCAAGUCAGCAAUGUUUCAACAACUGGAGAACUCUUAGAAAGAACCAUCAGGUCAGCAGUAGAAGAGCAUCUUUUUGAUGUCAAUAGCUCUGGAGACCAAAGUUCAGAGGACUCAGAACCUGGACCAUCAGCAGCAUCUUCUACGCCUACCAGGCAGCGAGGACAUCCAUUUAAGAAGCAGGAUGAUGUUUGGCAUAGUCGAGACAAGGAGCUUAUCAAUAAGGAAAAUAUUCCCUAUGGCUUCAGCAGCUGUGAUGAGUGUAUUUUGAACAGCCAGGAAGCAGAAAGAUUCCAGGAUGAUAUUUGUGAAUACAUUGGGGAAAGAAGCAAACCCAAGCGUCAGAAAUCCAGUUCCAGGCUUGCAGAGCUCAAUGAAAACCACGAUGGGCUCCUGAACAUGGAAAGUCUCAGUUCCGUGAAAUCUCAAGAAACACCGGAACCUGAAGCUGUUGAGCUGGUAUCUUCUGAGAGCAAAGAAAAUGAAAGAGGCAGUAGAGACACUCAGCAUUAUGAGAGCCCCACAAUGAAGAUUCAAGAGAAUCCCAGUAUAACUGACCCCAAACAACAGAGGAGUCGUGAAGCUGAGGAUCAGCAGGAGAGCUUUGUCCCAGAUGUGCCCCAGUUGGACCUGACAGUGCUGUGCGAGCAGAAGACCUGGGAAGAGCCCAUCCCUUCCUGGCAGCAAGAGAAUGCAGACUCUGAUGAAGCCCGCCUCUCCCCACAGGCUGGGCGCCUGAUUCACCAGUUUCUGGAUGAGGACAGCGACCCUAUGCUGUCUCCCAGGUUCUAUGCCUAUGGGCAGAGCAGGCAGUACCUGGAUGACACAGAAGUGCCUCCUUCUCCCCCCAAUUCCCAUUCUUUCAUGAGGCGGCGGAGCUCCUCCCUGGGGUCCUAUGAUGAUGAGCAAGAGGACCUGACACCCGUGCAGCUCACCAGAAGGAUCCAGACCCUUAAAAAGAAGAUCCGGAAGUUUGAGGACAGGUUUGAAGAAGAGAGGAAGUACAGACCCUCCCACAGUGACAAGGCAGCAAAUCCAGAGGUUCUGAAAUGGACAAAUGACUUGGCCAAAUUCCGGAAACAGCUUAAAGAAUCAAAACUGAAGAUCUCUGAAGAGGACCUCACCCCCAGGACACGGCAACGAAGCAAUACACUCCCUAAGAGUUUUGGUUCCCAGCUAGAAAAAGAAGAUGAGAAGAAGCAAGAACUGGUGGAUAAAGCCAUCAGGCCCAGCGUUGAAGCAACCCUGGAAGGGAUACUAAGGAAGCUCCAAGAGAAGAGAGUGGAGUCCAGCCGUCCGGAGGACAUUAAGGAUAUGACCAAGGACCAGAUUGCUAAUGAGAAAGUGGCUCUGCAGAAAGCUCUGUUAUACUACGAAAGUAUCCAUGGGCGGCCGGUGACAAAGACUGAGCGUCAGAUUAUGAAGCCACUAUAUGAUCGGUACCGACUAGUCAAACAGAUCCUGUCCCGGGCCAGCACUGUCCCCAUCAUGGGUUCCCCCUCCAGCAAACGGAGAAGCCCUUCACUGCAGCCGAUUAUCGAGGGCGAAACUGCUUCCUUCUUCAAGGAGAUAAAGGAACAAGAGGAGGGGUCAGAAGAUGACAGCUCCACAAGGCCAGACUUUGCUGUCACUCUGAAAACGGACUGCAGUGCACAUUGCUUUCUGGACCAACUUGAAGAUGAUGCUGAUGGAUUUAUUUCACCAAUGGAUGACAAAAUGCCAUCAAAAUGCAGCCAGGACUCAGGCCUUUCAAACCUCCACUCUGCUUCAAUACCUGAACUCUUGGAAUACCUUCAGGAAAUGAGAGAAGAAAAGAAAAUGAUUCGAAAGAAACUCCACGAUUUUGAAGACAAUUUUUUCAGACAAAAUGGGAGAAAUGUCCAGAAGGAAGACCGUACACCAAUGGCUGAAGAAUACAAUGAAUACAAGCACAUAAAGGCAAAGCUACGCUUGCUGGAGGUACUCAUCAGCAAAAGAGACGCUGAUUCCAAAUCCAUGUGAAGGGCUGGUGGUGUGGAUGACACUUCUCCCAGGAAAGAACACCUCUAGAAGGCAGCCUGGGAGCUGUAUUUUCAAAGCAGGCAAUCCCCUGCCUCUGACCAGUCAGGUUGUUUCCUGCUUCCAUUGCCUGCCUUAGAAACUGCCUGCAUGGAAGAUGCCAGUGUGACCUGACUAGUGGGAGAGUCAAGACUCCUACACAUACUGCAGUAGGACCUUCACUGACAUGAGCAGCGAUUAGACACACCAUCAGACUCGGCAGAUAACCUGCUGUUCUUCCCUGAUAACUGAGAAACAUGAGGCCAUUUUAAAACUGUGACAGACACAAGCUCAGGACUUCCCUUUCAGAGCCUGCUUGUUGUGAAGGUCCAUGCUUGCCCUGGACCCCACCACAUGGUUGACCAUGUGAUGGCACAUUAUUUGCUGCCUUGGCCAUUUCCCGAGCUGUACUUACUCACUCCUGCAAAUCCAUUUCCCUUUAGCUCUCAGGUAGAUGGAGGCUGCAUCCACUCAGUGGCAGGGCAGUCAUUUCGUUGAUUCAAUCUCUCAGCUGACAGACUUUAAGUCCCUGCCGCAUACCUAUGUGCUCUGAGGACAGAGUGACUACAGUAGCUAUGCAGAUGCUAUUUUAAAAUCAGGUGACAGCUGAAGAGCCUGAAAACUCUUCACGACACUGACUGUACUUUCCAGUCUCAGACAUUGAUGCCGAACACAAAAUGAGGCUGGUGUUCCUACGAUAACCUGUUUGGGGCUCAAUUUGUUGUUGCACUAGCCAAACAAAGGACUCUUGCUUCAUUAUAAGACUAGAUAUAGAAUAUUAUGGGAGAGAGGGAGUCUGUAUCAGUCUCCUAAACUUACCAGAGCAUAAUUUUUCUACGAAAGUAAAUCUGCACUAAAAUCCCUAGAUGGAUGGGUAAGAACUCAGUUCAUUCUCAAGGCAGAAUCUAGAUCACACCGUUUUCAAGAUGAUACAUAAACAAAAUGGUGUGUGGCCAAUUUUGAUGCUGUGGGUUUUUUUUCCCCAAAGACUAUGUCACAAAUCUGUCUAUAUUAGACAUUUUGGAGGGACCAGGAAGCGUAAGACAACCCCCCCAAUCAUUCAUCUCUUCUGUGUGCCUGCUGUCACUCCUGUGAUGUGUUCUUUCUUCUCAUCUACCAUGUCUGCCUGAAAAGUGCAGGCAGGCUUGCUUUUGCAGCUGUGUGACAGGCAGCCUUGCCUCUAGAAGACUGCACUGUAGGUUGGGCAGACAGCAGGGGGACCCUGUUCUGUUUAGUGAAUCACCUUCUCCAAGGUACAGUGUUAGUGAGGAGAAUGGAAAAUCGUAUCACCAUUUGCAAUGAUAAAACAGGUUUGGGGGUCUCCUGUUAGAUGAUUUUCAGCGCCACUCCCUCACUGUGGCUCUGUCACCGGGAGGCUCUUUCAGUAACGGGUGGGGUGAGGUGGGUGGAGGAGUCCUUCAGUUUUGCUUUUACAAAUAAUCCCCUAGAAGCAUGAGCUAUGUGUUGAAAAUACUUUUUAUCCACACACUUAAAGACGAUACAUAAUCCUACAAAUUUCAAUGUGCAUAAAAAUGUAGUUUGAUAUUCUUUGCUCUGCUGUUUACAUUUGCUAUGAUUUCAAGGGGUUGUACUAUGAAUAAAAUUCUGUAAUGUAGGAUGUUUUCUAUCUUUGAGGCCUGAACAUGAAUCAUUCACAUGACCAAAAAAAUGUAUUUUUAAAAAGAAAUCCACAUCUAGUCUGUAAUUUUUAAGUACUUAAUCUCCUAAGGAAACUCGAAUAACUCAAAUCAGCACCAGUUAACUUUUAAAGCACAUCUGCUUAAGAGCAUUGUUUUGAAAAGAAUACACUAGAGAUUUCUUUUUUAAAGCUGCAUACAAAUGAGAAGCUAUUAGGUGUUUGAAAUUCAUCGUUUGCACCAAAGGUAAAUGAACAAAGAUUUAUUCAUGACUCCCCAUUCAGUUUUAUGUGAUCAAUAAAGUACCAAGUUAUUGGAAAAUAAAUCAUGUAUGGAAUAA